CUGUGUGCUGCCAGCCCUGUCUGAGUAUUAAGAAAACAGCCUUUUUAUAAGACAAGUAGCUGAAAACUCAUGAAUUAAAUUAAAAGAAAGAAAGAGAAAAAAGUCCAGACAGGCCAGGGGCGGACAUGGAGAAGUACUCUGGGUAGUCUGACUGAGCUGACCCAGUCUUGGCUGGUGAAUGCGAAGCAGACGGACCCCUACCCUGGGUCUUAAAACAUGAGGGGAGGCUUUGAGUGGUUGAGCUUAUAGCUCACGUCCUCUAGCCGACCAUUAUACAUUGUGUUACCAAUGAGGUCACCUGGACACCGACCACGGUGGCGGUAUGGGCUGAAGACUCUCCCCAGGCCCAAGUUCUCUGUGUGCCUUCUGGGAGACCAGCAGCACUGUGACGAGGCCAAAGCCGCUGACCUGCCCCACAUGGACAUUGAGGCUCUCAAAAAGCUCAACAAGAACAAGAAGCUGGUCAAGAAGCUCGCCAAGAAGUACGACGCCUUCCUGGCUUCAGAGUCUCUGAUCAAGCAGAUCCCUCGUAUCCUGGGCCCCGGGCUGAACAAGGCUGGCAAGUUCCCCUCCCUGCUCACCCACAACGAGAACCUGUCCACCAAGGUGGAUGAGGUCAAAUCCACCAUCAAAUUCCAGAUGAAGAAGGUGCUGUGUCUGGCUGUGGCUGUAGGACACGUUAAGAUGACAGAGGACGAGCUUGUGUACAACAUCCACCUGGCUGUUAACUUCUUGGUGUCACUGCUGAAGAAGAACUGGCAGAACGUGCGCGCCCUCUACGUCAAGAGCACCAUGGGCAAACCCCAACGCCUCUACUAAAUUACAGCUUUUCUAUGAAUAAAAUGUGGAGAUGCUCCAAAAUUGA